CCGGGCUGGCGUGGAGUCUGAGGCAGGGCUGGCAGAGUACCUAAAGGAGUGAAGGCAGGAAGGCUCUGCUGAAACCUCUGCCUGCAAGCAGGCGAUGGAGAAAUCCCGGCCGCUAUGGGACAAUCCCCUGCAGUUUGUUUUCGCCUGCAUUUCCUAUGCUGUGGGGCUGGGAAAUGUCUGGAGGUUUCCAUACUUAUGUCAGAUGUACGGAGGAGGUGGCUUCUUGAUCCCGUAUUUUAUCAUGCUGAUUGCCGAGGGGAUGCCGCUGCUUUACCUGGAGCUGGCCGUAGGGCAGCGCAUGCGUCAGGGCAGCAUCGGUGCCUGGAAAAUAAUAAGCCCCUACCUCUGCGGUGUCGGCGUCGCCAGCGUCGUCGUCUCCUUCUUCCUCUCCAUGUACUACAACGUGAUAAACGCCUGGGCCUUCUGGUACCUCUUCCACUCCUUCCAGGACCCCCUGCCGUGGGCUACCUGCCCCCUGAACAGCAAUCGCACUGGCUAUGAGGAGGAGUGCGAGAAGACAUCGUCCACCCAGUACUUCUGGUACCGGCAGACCCUGAACAUCUCCCCAUCGCUGGACGCCAGCGGGAGCGUGCAGUGGGAGCAGGCGCUCUGCCUGACACUGGCCUGGCUGGUGGUCUACCUCUGCAUCCUCCGUGGCACCGAGUCCACCGGCAAGGUCGUCUAUGUUACAGCCUCUUUGCCAUACUGCGUUCUCAUCAUAUACCUCAUCAGAGGAUUAACACUUCAUGGAGCUGUGAACGGGCUCACCUACAUGUUCACACCAAAGCUGGAGCAGCUGUCGAACCCCAAGACAUGGAUCAGCGCUGCCACGCAGAUCUUCUUCUCACUGGGCCUGGGCUUUGGCAGCCUCAUCGCGUUUGCCAGCUACAAUGAGCCCAACAACAACUGCGAGAGGCAUGCCAUCAUCGUCUCACUGAUCAACAGCGCCACGUCCAUAUUCGCCAGCAUUGUGACCUUCUCCAUCUAUGGCUUCAAGGCGACAUUUAAUUAUGAAAGCUGCAUAAACAAGGUGAUACUGCUGCUGAUGAACACUUUUGACCUGGAGGAAGGCUCUUUAACAGCCGACAACCUCAAUGAGAUGAAAGACUACCUCAUGGCCACCCACCCCCAGGAAUAUGCCCAGUUAGCGCCACAGCUUAAAAACUGCAGCUUGGAAGCGGAACUAGAUACGGCUGUCCAGGGGACAGGACUGGCAUUUAUAGUCUAUUCUGAAGCCAUCAAAAACAUGGAGGUGCCCCAGCUGUACUCUGUGCUCUACUUCGUCAUGCUGCUGAUGCUGGGCAUUGGCAGCAUGCUGGGAAACACCGCCGCUAUCCUCACGCCGCUGACCGACAGCAGGGUCAUUGCUGCCCGUUUCCCCAAGGAGGUGAUCUCAGGUGCUGUGUGUUUCAUUAACUGCGUGAUUGGCCUGAUCUUCACCAUGGAGGCUGGAAAUUAUUGGUUUGACAUAUUCAAUGACUACGCAGCCACCCUCUCGUUGCUGCUCAUCGUGCUGGUAGAAACCAUUGCUGUGUGUUAUAUCUAUGGGAUAAGAAGAUUUGAGAAAGAUCUUCACACCAUGACUGGACGCAAGCCAAACUGGUAUUGGAAAAUUAUGUGGGCUUUUGCUAGUCCUUUGCUAAUUAUAAGCCUAUUUAUAUUUUACCUCACCGACUAUAUCCUCACAGGAACGCUGCAAUACCAAGCAUGGGAUGCCACACAGGGGCAGCUGGUGACAAAGGACUACCCAGGCUACGCCCUCGCCGUGAUCGGGCUGCUGGUGGCAGCAUCCACCAUGUGCAUACCCCUGGGGGCACUUGGCACUUUUAUAAGGAAGAGACUGAAGAGGGAAAGAGUUUCAACCGUUGCGUGAACGCUGCUGACAGAUGGAUUUGGGAAGACCUUACCCCCAUUGUCAGUGACCGGGCACUUCUGGAAGACAGCAGCAACCAUUAUUUGUAGUGGCUAUUUAUAGAGUUGAGAAUCGUGGGUGCUAUAUUGACCAAAAAGUGCUCUUAGGAGGUUCCACAAUGGUUUGGGGAAAAAAAAAACCCACCCUCUUCUGUAACAAGAUGAAGCUUUAAUAUGGCCUCUGUAAGAGGGGAAAAAACAGAAGAGCAGCUCACGAAAUCUUAGCUAGUGCAAAUUAACCAGCAUAUCAACCCAUUACACAACGCUAGGCAACUCUUCUCCACUCUGCUCUAGUGCUGCCUAGGUGGAAACAUGAACAACCAACUAAGCAUGUUCCUGCACCAAAGUACUGGCAAAUACCCUUACCAUUCAAGAAAACCACACUUGAGCAUGCAUGUUAUUUGAAAUGACAUCCUUCAUCAACAGCUGAAACUGUUGGGAGUCUUGCAAUGCAUAUGUGAUAAUCCCUUUCCUACAAGGGAAAAGUCAGCAGGAUGCUAUGUGAGAUAAAGGUGGCCAACACUGCUUUUUUAUUUGUGUCCAGUUUUUAUAUAUAUAUAUAUGUGUGUGAGCUGCAGAAGUUUUCUCAUCUCCAGAAGAAGUAAACUUCCACUUCCAGUA